AUGUCGCCACGAGAAGACCAAGAUGGUGAUUGUCUUCGCCUCGUGGCCGGCAAGGUUUCAUGGGCCACGUCCGGCCUCAUCGUCGGCUUCACAAGUUCACAUAACACCAGUUUCAGUACCAGGUUGUAUAAGCAAGCCCCACUAGCCCAGCAGCUGGGACCUUCGCUGCAUCAACCACGAUCUUCUGAUCUGCUGGAUGCGAUCGACGAACUGUGA